AUGGAUCCCGUUUUGCGAAUGCGCUGCGAGGUGCAGCAGUACGCCUGGGGUAAACUUGGCGCUGCUUCCGCCGUUGCGCAACUGGCCCAGGCCGGUAACACUGACUUUAAGCUCGACGCCGACAAGCCCUACGCUGAGCUGUGGAUGGGCACGCACGCCAAGGCCCCUUCCAAGGUGGUGCUGCCCGACGACAGUGUCAUCACCCUCUCCGAAGCCCUGGAGCGCUAUCCCGAACUCAGCAAGGGCAGCGUGACCAAGGCUGGCCAGCUUCCUUAUCUUUUCAAAGUGCUCUCCGUCGAUAAAACCCUUUCCAUCCAGGCCCACCCAGACAAGAAGCUGGCCGAAGCCCUGCACGCCCGUGACCCCGAGCACUACCCCGACGAUAAUCACAAGCCUGAAAUGGCCAUUGCCAUCACCCCCUUUAUGCGCAGCACGACUGACGCACUACGGCGUUUUCCCUUGCCAUGCUUGCCGGCCUUUGUAGCUGAUGCCAUGGCAGCCAGUCUGAAAAACAAGGAUGCUGUCAAGGAAUCGCUGGCCCAGCUUCUUGGCACUCUUAUGCGUGCUGACACCACACUGAUUGCCACACAGCUCUCCGCGCUCGAGAGCCGCCUCAAGACUGUACCCGUGGAUCAACGCGAUGAAACCACCCAGUUUGUCCUCCGUCUGGCCGAUCAAUACCCAGGCGAUGUGGGCGUCUUUUGCUUGUAUCUCCUGAACAUUGUGACCCUGCAGCCAGGCGAGGCCAUGUUUUUGGGCCCAAAUCUGCCACAUGCCUACAUCGACGGCGAUUGCAUCGAGUGCAUGGCCUGCUCCGACAACGUUGUGCGUCUCGUCGCUCCUGCUACCCUUGUCAUCUCCCGCUUGGCCUCGGCCCUGUCGCAGUUUGAUAUCCUCGAUGACGGCGCGAUAG